UGCCUUGGAAUGCAGAUCUUCAGCAGCAGAUCCAAACCUGGGUUGAUACCUACAAAUCUUCACUGAGAAAAAACACUUUCAGCUCUUUACACAAUCCUUUUCUGCCACUCUCAGCUUUUGGCAUAUGCAGAGUGCUUCUUUUUAUAAGGAAAAUUCAUACAAUUUUUCCUACAUACCAAGAAGAAACAACAUCAAACAAAGGAGCUGUCAGACAUCUCUGUAUGCCACAGUAACAUUUCAAAGUAAACCCAUCAUACUGAAGAUCCAGAAUGAACAAGGACGCGAGUCAGUUCCUCAUUGAACAUAAGGAAAAAAUAGUCCUUGCAAUGGACAUAUUGCAAAAGGGGUGUGAGGUUCUGUCCCAUGUGGUGGAAGACGUAUUCCCAGUUGUUAGUAUGAUAGCACCAUUUGUAGAACUUGCAAUGGGUAAUGUGGAAAGUGCAGAAGCAAAGUAUGUGAAAGAACAAUUAGGGCAAGUCAAGGACACGCUAAGUGACAUUUCUGAACAAGUUAAGGACAUCAACAGGGAGCUUGAAAAAAGCUUUAUAGAUAUAAAAUAUUUCAAAAUAGAAGUCAGAUUUGAAUUGUUGUUUGAUAAGUUGAUGGACAUCUCAAAAGCUAAACCUGGGUCAGUAAAGGUCCAAGAACGAUUUCUGGAUGCAUACAGAUAUGGAGAGAAGUCUGUAGAAGAUAACCUUGAAAUUCUCUAUAACGAUGUCAUGGGCACAGACAAAGAAUCCAUUCUUGAAACUGCUCUGAAUUAUAUGAAAAGAGACAGGCGAGCCCUGGAAAAAUAUUUUACUUACCUUCUACAGUUGAUGUACUUUGGAGUAAUUGUCACAAUGGCGUAUAGAACCUUAACAAAAGAACCAUACAAGGAGUUUGAAGAAAACUGGUGCAGUAGGAUUGCAGAAGUACAGACCAAAAUGAAGGAAUUAAUAGAUGAGUGCAUAAACAGUUUCCCUGAGCAGGCAAAGAUAGAUCUACAACUAUGCAUCAGAAAACGGGGAGAUAAAAGCAAUCAUGACCUUGUAGAAGAACUCCUUGAACUUCUGAAAAAUAAAUAUGACUGGGUUUCAUGGUUUGUCUGUGCAGUUGAAAUCAACACUAGUUUUUAUUCGUGUUUCUGUAAUGAAAGUUUUCACCAUGAAAUUGGCUGCAACAUUUUGACAUUUCCUGAGGACAGUGGGACUGUGGUAGUAACCUCAUACAGCAGCCAACCAAAAAACAUUGACAAGUUGAAAGUUCAACAGCUAAUGAAAAAACGGAUGAAAAAUCAUGCAGAAGCUAUAGCAACAAUCAUUCAUGAUGAUUUGCCAGGCCAUGUGGUACUUGUUGUUAGGCAGAACAAGGAGUGUGACUACGCAUACAGUUUUACAGAUGACACUUUUUACUUGGGAAACUACAAGCAGUUCUCUGUGUGCAUACAUUCAGAUUAACUUUUCUUUGGCUCCUGAUUCACUAACUACUGAAAACUACAACUGCAUUCUAACUGAAUUACUGACAACACAAACUUGAUGUGUGAGCCUGACAGAUAAAAUAUGAAAAUGCAAGGAUGAAAUGCAUUUAAAUCUUUCAUUCUCCAUGUAUAUAUAUAUAUAUAUAUAUAUAUAUAUAUAUGUGCGUUGUUUAAUGUUUCUUUAACUUGUCAGGGUUAAUCAUGGACACUGGGAAAUUUGCGUUUGUGUAUAUAGCAAGAAGUCUCUAAAUAGCUGCAUGUUUUUUUUUAAUGUUCAAUUGUACAUUGCAGAAAGUACAGUAGUCAUUUUUAUGCUAUACAACACCUUCAUAACACAUCGAGGAAACAAACAAUAUUAUUGCUUUCUCAGAUUAGGUAUUGAACAUGAAAUGUCAAACAUCAGCUAUAAAAGAAUGUGUACCUUUUCUAAUAUCAUUUGAUUUGAACUGUACUUAAAUGAAAUAAGUACUAGUAUUAAAUGAAUGCUUAAAAAGCUGAUACAAAUAAAGCAUACCUCAGAAUUCA